CAAUCUUGUCAAUUAUUAUCAGUUAGCCUUGGCUUUUGAGUUUGUUCUUUUGUGCUGUGCUCAAAGUACUUUUAGUUGAAAAUGUGAGAUUUUUAGGGCCCUAAAAAAGAGAGCGAAAAACAAAGAGCACUGAAACUCAGUGAAUCUCUACGACUUUACUAGGAAGAAGACAUUGGAAGUUCAGUUUGAAAUUAUCUUCUUCGUCUUCACCGAGGACUUCCACAAACCGUCUAGAUUUCAAUAUCACUGAGUGUUUAUUUGUGGUUUUGGCCUUAAAUUGCUUAUAUUAAGUGGAAGCUUCUAAUUAGAGUUGGAACAGAUAAAAUUUCAGUUUUCAAAUUCAAAUCUAGUACAAUUCGUGUUUCAGCUGAAUCUAGAUUAAAUAGUCCCCUCCUUAUAUUUGAAGACCCGAGAGAAUGUCGAAGAAUGAAACUAACAAGCAUAUUGGCAAGAAUACUGAUGCAACCGAAGCAUACUCUCAUGUGAAGAGCGAGGAUCCGUCUGAUUCUUUAUUGACUCCGAGAAAUAACCAUCAAAGGUCCGAAUCUUCAUACUCGCGAAACUAUUCUCUAUUGGAUAUAUAUGGAGUUGAUUCACCAUCAGUGGAAUCGAGUCCUGAAAUGUCUAAGAAGAAACUAGUGAUUGACACCGUGGUAGCUAAUGAUUUGGGUGAAGAUAAUCUAGAUUCUCCUAGCACUGGUGUGAAUACUCCGGCCACUGCUAUUCAAGAAUCUCUUCCCCUGGGGAUUCACGGUAGUAGCGGCCUUCAUAUAAUGAGUCGUGAAAAUAAAAGCAGUCCUUAUAAUAGUGGUGCUACAGAUGAGACUUAUAUAACUUCUGCUCCUAUUAUUAAUCGAGAGAAUUUCGAUGAUAUGGAGAGUCAUAAUGAAAUGGUUAGUAAUAGUGAUACUGUAAGCAAUUUCCAUUUUAAUCAGAUCAAUAAUACUUCAAACACUAGCAUUAAUAAUAAACCUCCCAUAAUUAAAGAACUGCUGCAGGAAGUUCCCAUAGAAGAAGCUCAACCAAUAAGUAGAGAUACAAAUGUUAAACAGAUUCCAAUAGAAGGAUCCGUUCAAUCCGAUCCAAGAAAUGAAGACCAUGACGUCUAUCUUUCAGUUCAAAAUGAAGAAAGCAUAGACGAAUCAUUAGCCUCUGACUUCGACCGUUAUGGAUUCAGAAAGGCGUCCUCUUUCCAUGAUAUUUCCAAAGAAGAAUAUAAUGAAUGGUUUUCCGAAUAUACAACGCAUCUUAGCCGAAGAAAGAAGAAAUGGGAAUUGUUAAUGAAAAGUCAUGGCUUAUCUAUUGACCCCACCGGGAAAACUCCAAUUAGGUUUCCUCCUAAAUCAGAUCGAGUUAAAAAGAUGAUAAGAAAAGGCUUACCACCCGAAUGGAGAGGUAAUGCUUGGUUUUUCUACGCUGGAGGUUACGAAAAAUUGAAUAAAAAUACGGGCAUUUAUGAUAAAAUUGUUGAAAAUACUACAGGCAUUGAAAAUAAGGAUACCGAAGUCAUAGAAAGAGACUUGAACCGUACCUUUCCAGAUAAUUUUCACUUUAAUAAAUUCACAGGCACGGAUAUAAAAAAUGAUUCAAAUAACGAAGAAACCAGCAUGAUUAAAUCGCUUCGCCGAGUACUUAUAGCAUUCGCACACUAUCAACCUCAGAUUGGUUACUGUCAAUCUUUAAAUUUCCUUGCCGGAUUACUUCUAUUAUUCAUGAGCGAAGAACAUGCUUUUUGGAUGUUAGUGAUCCUUACUGAAAGGAUAAUUCCUAAAGUCCAUUCCGCAAAUCUUGAGGGUGUUCAUACGGAUCAAGGGGUUCUUAUGUUGUGUGUCAAGGAGUAUAUCCCUCAACUAUGGGGGGUUUUGGGUAAAACUUUUGAAGGCGAAACAUUAUCACCAGAUAAGAUCUUAUCAAGAUUACCACCAGUAACUUUGGUUACAUCUUCUUGGUUUAUGUCGGUUUUUGUAGGUGUUUUACCAUUUGAGAGUGCAUUGCGAGUAUGGGAUAUUCUAUGGUAUGAAGGUUCUAAGACCAUUUUUAGAAUAUCGUUAACUAUUUGCAAAUUAUGCUUCGAUCAUCCAGAUUUUCAAGCUACCAGAAGUAAUGGUGGUGGAUCAGAAACCGAACAAAUUGAGCUAUUCCAAUUCAUGCAAAAUUUCCCAAAAACGAUACUUGAUCCAAACUUAUUAAUUGAUAAUUGUUUCAAAAAAAUUGGAGGUUAUGGAUUUGGUUCUCUCUCUCAAGACGAAAUUAAUAAAUGUAGAGAAUUUGUUUCCAAACAAAGGGCUAAAUUACAGAAUAAAAAGCAGGGGGUUGUCACUGCAGGAAUGAGUGAAGAAGAAAGAAAAGCAUUGAAUAGCUCUGGUAGCUUAGAUAAUGCUGAUGACGAUAUUCACGACAUUUAUGGAUUCAAUAGAUCCAUCAUGAGUGGAGUCGCCUGGAAUAGAAACAUCAGCAACAAAAUGAAGAAGAAAUUUGCUAAGAAACAACGCUAAUGACAAACAAAAUUAUAUAUAUAUAUAUCUUAUUAUUUAUAAAACAGGUUAAUCAAAAAUCAGC